AUGGUUACUGCAAGAUCAGAAUUAGAUCAUGAACUCUUAAAGUAUGCUCGUAACAACUUGCGUUAUGUUCCAGACACUCCAGAGUACAAUAAGAUGAUCUCUGGAAUGUUGUAUGAUCCGAUGGAUCCAUUGCUAGAAGACGGAAGGGCGAUCUCCUCCGACUUGUCUGUUGACUUCGCCAAUAUUCGUCGGAGAGACUUCAAUUCUCUCGAGGAGUGGAAAAAAAAAAAGGCUGAAUUUAUCCAAAAAUUAUUUGGCAAAACUGGCGCAAACUGCUCUGUGGAAUCUCCCUUCAACUGUGAUUAUGGCUACAACAUAGUUGUGGGAGACAACUUCUACGCCAACUACAAUGCUUCGUUUUUAGACGUCUCUCUGAUUUUAAUUGGUGACAAUUGUCUGCUUGGUCCCAACGUUACGUUAUGCACAGCUGGCCAUCCAUUGGAUGUAAAUUAUAGGGCAGAAGGCCAAGAGUUUGGCCUGCCAAUCAAAAUUGGGGACCACUGCUGGCUUGGAGCCAACUGUGUUAUUUUGCCCGGUGUUACUCUAGGAGAUAAUGUCGUAGUUGGCGCGGGAGCUGUUGUGACAAAAGAUGUGGAAAGCAACACCCUAGUCUUAGGAGUUCCUGCGAAAGUAGUGAAGAAGCUCAACACACUGAAGGAAAGUUCAAUAUAG